AUGCUUGACCGUGCAGAACAAAUAAAAGAAUGUAUAAAUAAAAGAAAAGUGAAUUCAUACGGUGGAGGUUUUUAUGGUAAUAGUGGUUUUCCAGCUCAAUUCCCAGGUGUUCUACCUCAGGGAAGUUAUGGAAACUUUUACAAUACUGGAGUAUUUCCUAAUGGUGGUGUUUCAUUUCCAAACGGUAAUAUUAUGCGUGGCUCUGCAUUUCCUCCAGCCAAUUUCGGUCUAUCACCAAUGCCAAAUCCAUUUCGAUCAGGUUUUGGUGAACCUGUAGUAAUCAAUGGUGCUGGCGGUGACUUUCCCAAUCAACAAUAUCCAUUCAAUUAUGGACCACCACCUCCAAUAGUUAGCCCAAACCGAUUCGGAAGUGGUUCAUAUGAACGACCUCGUUCACGUCAGGCAUCUCGUCAUCGAUCGCAUUCACGUAAUCGUCGUGUUCGAUCAAUGUCAUCGUCGUCGUCCGAUGAUGAACAGCGUCGUCGAGGUCCACCAUUCGUUGGUCCUGAACCUCCAUAUUACAAUAUGCAGCCGUAUGGCAAUGCGCCACAACGUGCUGGUUCCCCUUAUCUCGCACCACGCGCUGGUUCCCCUUAUCUCGUACCACGCGCUGGCUCCCCUUAUCUCGCACCACGCGCUGGCUCCCCUUAUCUCGUACCUCGUUCUGGUUCACCUGUUCUUCCUUUACAAAGACCUGUUUGGUGA